AGCGGCAGAACUAGGACGCGGGGUUCCGGGACUCGGCUCCUUGUAGCGCCGGCAAGUACCACUCGUCUGUCGGGUGGAGCAAGGCGAGACCAUGGGCCGGCUGAACGUGGUGAUGCUCCGCUACCUCUCCCGCGACCACUUCAGAGUCCUGACGGCGGUGGAAAUGGGUAUGAAGAAUCAUGAAAUAGUCCCUGCUAGCUUGAUUGCUUCCAUAGCCAGCCUGAAACAUGGAGGAUGUAACAAAAUUCUGAGAGAGUUAGUGAAACACAAACUCCUAGCUUAUGAACGAACUAAAACUGUCCAGGGCUACCGAUUAACUAACGGAGGAUAUGAUUACCUUGCCUUGAAAACUCUAUCAUCUCGACAAGUUAUCAACUCUGUUGGAAACCAGAUGGGUGUUGGCAAAGAAUCAGAUAUUUAUAUUGUUGCAAAUGAAGAGGAGCAACAGCUUGCAUUAAAGCUGCAUAGGCUUGGGAGAACCUCCUUUCGUAAUCUAAAAAACAAACGUGACUACCAUAAGCACAGACACAAAACGUCAUGGCUUUAUUUGUCCCGCCUGGCUGCCAUGAAAGAAUUUGCCUACAUGAAGGCUUUGCAUGAUCGAAAAUUUCCUGUUCCAAAACCAUUUGACUACAAUAGACAUGCAGUAGUUAUGGAACUUAUUAGUGGUUACCCUCUGUGCCAAGUGCAUCAAAUAGAAGAUCCUGCAUCUGUGUAUAGUGAGUUAAUGGAACUAAUUGUAAAACUUGCCAACCAUGGUUUGAUUCAUGGAGAUUUCAAUGAAUUCAAUCUCUUAUUGGACAGCAAGGACCAGGUUACCAUGAUUGAUUUCCCGCAGAUGGUGUCAACCUCUCAUCCAAAUGCUGAAUGGUAUUUUGACAGAGAUGUUAAAUGUAUUAGAGACUUUUUUAAGAAGCGUUUCAGCUAUGAAAGUGAACUUUUCCCAACCUUCCAGGAUAUUAGAAGAGAGUGCUCUCUUGACGUAGAGAUUGCCGCCAGUGGCUACACAAAAGAAAUGCAGGAGGAUGAUGAACUGCUUUACCCAGCAGGUCCUGAUGAGGAAGAUUAUAAAACAGUUUUUACACCACUUGUAGAUCAUCUCAAUGGGAAAGUAAAUUUGUAUACCACAGAAGAAAACAAAAUAAAUUUCACAGAUGAAUUGGAAGAUGCUGCUGAAAGCAAAUCCUCUGAAGUUUUGGUGAAUAGCAGUAAAGAAGUUAAUAUAGCUGACAGUAGUAAAAAAGCAGAAAGUUUAGAUAUGACUGAGUUCAGCCAUGCUCUAGAAAAAGUUGAAGGGCAAAUAAUUGCAGGGAAAGCUACUAAUAGUGCAGAGAGUUCUGCUAUCGAUUUUUCUGGGGAUGAAAAGAGAACUGAAAAUACCACCAAAAUUGAAGAUCAAAUAGGUCAAGGAGAAGACCCUGCUGUCAAGGAGUAUGAAGAUGAAUGGUCUGAUCUGGUUGACUUGUCAACAUUAAACAGAGAAUUCAGGCCUUUCAGAGACGAUGAAAGUAUCAUUCACAUCAAUGAACACAGAAUGAGAACCUUAAGUACCACCUCCACUGGCAGUUUUGGAAGCUGUUCAACAAUUCCUCAGGAACUGGUGAAACAGAAGAUAAAACGUCAACUGACUAAACAGCAGAAAGCUGCUCUGAGACGACGGUUACAGAAAGGAGAGGCAAAUGUUUAUACCAAACAGCGUCGAGAAAAUAUGUUCAAUAUUAAGUCAAGUUUGGAUGCUGCCAGUUUCUGGGGCUAAUGCAUUAUAACUCCCAACGGAGUAUUAGUAUUUUUAUCCAUGAUGCAUAGAUUACAUACUUGCUUUUUUUGGAAAUUGAAAUGUUUCUAUCUAUAGUCAAUAAAUUUCAUUCUUGCUGUUGUAA